AUGUCCGACGAGAACGAGGAUGGCCAGGAGCUUGUGACCAAGCCCUUCAAGUUUGUCACUGGCACCGACGCCCGUUUCCCCAACGUCAACCAGACCAAGCACUGCUGGCAGAACUACGUCGACUACCACAAGUGCAUCACCGCCAAGGGUGAGGACUUCGAGCCUUGCCGCCAGUUCUGGUUCGCCUACCGCUCGCUGUGCCCUUCCAACUGGUACCAGCGUUGGGAUGAGCAGCGUGGGGGUGGUAACUUUCCCGUCAAGCUCGAUGCUUAA